GACGUUGCUCAGAGGUCAGGGGUCACACUCGGUUGUGCGAUUUAUUUAUUUAUUUGGUUAAAUCUCUCCAGUUUUACAGGAGGAAAUGACGACAUUACGCGCUUUUAACUGCGACGAUCUUUUCAAAUUUAAUAAUAUAAAUUUGGACCCUCUAACAGAGACCUAUGGCAUUCCCUUUUACUUGCAGUAUUUGGCACAUUGGCCGGAGUAUUUCAUCGUGGCGGAGGCACCAGGUGGUGAGCUGAUGGGCUACAUCAUGGGGAAAGCCGAGGGCUCCGUGGCGCGGGAGGAGUGGCAUGGCCACGUCACGGCUCUGUCAGUGGCUCCUGAGUUCAGACGCCUGGGUUUAGCUGCCAAACUCAUGGACAUGUUGGAAGAGAUUUCAGAAAGGAAAGGAGGCUUCUUUGUCGAUCUCUUUGUCCGAGUUUCCAACCAAGUGGCUGUGAACAUGUAUAAACAGCUCGGCUACAGCGUCUACAGAACCGUCAUCGAAUAUUACUCGGCCAGCAACGGAGAACCGGAUGAAGACGCCUACGACAUGAGGAAAGCCUUAUCGAGAGACACGGAGAAGAAGUCCAUUAUUCCACUCCCACACCCUGUCCGGCCAGAAGACAUUGAAUAACCCUGAACAGUGGCUCUCCGACUCACUCGCUCACCCCAUAUCGGGAAAAUACAGAGGUCACGUUUGGUUUACUGCUUUCCCCAUUGCAGAUUAAAGAUCAGAGUGUCACUGCUUCGUAAAUGUUAUUUAUGAAAGAUUUGUUCCAUUACUUCUGCACCAUUUUGCCCAAAAAUGAAAUAAAACAAUUUGCCCUCA